UCCAUCACCAUCUCGCCUCACGCGUUGACGAUAGAAACGGAGAAUUGUACCCUUGACGACCACUCAUCAUUUAAUACUCUCCACCUUCGCACCCCGCCAUCAUGUCGACCCUCGAAGAGCUCGACGACCUCGAUCGUCAUGACAAGAACGACAAGAGAGAUGAUGGUGACAAGGACAAGGACAACAAGAAGCCCGCCGCCGACGGUGAUGCCGACAUGAAGGAUGCAGAGGAGGAAGAGGACAUCCUCGAUGAAGAGAUCCUGAACCUCAGCACCCAGGACAUCCAGACCCGCAAACGGCUGCUCGAGAACGACUCUAGGAUCAUGCGCAGCGAGCUGCAAAGGUUGACGCACGAGAAGGCCACCAUGGGGGAGAAGAUCAAGGAGAAUCUCGACAAGAUCGCCAACAACCGGCAAUUACCUUACCUGGUCGGCAACGUAGUCGAACUCCUCGAUCUCGACCCUACUGCCGAAUCCUCGGAAGAAGGUGCCAACAUCGACCUGGACGCCACCCGUGUGGGCAAGUCUGCAGUUAUCAAGACGUCCACGCGGCAAACCAUCUUCCUGCCGCUGAUCGGCCUGGUUGACCCCACGACCCUGAAGCCCGGUGACCUGAUUGGUGUCAACAAGGACUCGUACCUUAUUCUCGACACGCUGCCAGCCGAGUAUGAUAGCAGAGUCAAGGCUAUGGAGGUCGACGAGAAGCCGACGGAGAAGUACACAGAUGUCGGUGGUCUGGACAAGCAGAUCGAAGAGCUGGUCGAGGCCAUUGUCUGGCCGAUGAAGGAGGCGGAGCGGUUCAAAAAGAUCGGCAUCAAGGCGCCAAAGGGUGCUCUGAUGUACGGACCCCCCGGAACCGGAAAGACGCUUCUGGCCCGAGCCUGCGCGGCGCAAACCGAUGCCACGUUCCUCAAGCUUGCGGGCCCCCAGCUGGUACAGAUGUUCAUCGGUGACGGUGCCAAGCUCGUGCGCGAUUGCUUCGCUCUCGCCAAGGAGAAGGCGCCCGCCAUCAUUUUCAUCGACGAGUUGGACGCCGUCGGUACGAAGCGUUUCGACAGCGAGAAGAGCGGUGACAGAGAAGUGCAGAGAACCAUGCUUGAGCUCCUCAACCAGCUCGACGGUUUUGCGUCAGACGACCGCAUCAAGGUGUUGGCCGCCACGAACCGUGUCGACGUUUUGGACCCCGCUCUGCUCCGUUCAGGUCGUCUGGACCGAAAGAUCGAGUUCCCCCUGCCGAACGAGGAGGCUCGCGCCCAGAUUCUCAAGAUUCACUCUCGCAAGAUGAAGGUCGACACCGCCGUUAACUGGGGUGAGUUGGCCCGCAGUACGGACGAGUUCGGCGGUGCCAUGCUCAAGGCCGUAUGCGUGGAGGCUGGUAUGAUUGCGUUGCGUAUGGGCAAGAACAAGAUCAGCCACGAGCACUACGUGGAUGCCAUUGCCGAAGUACAGGCCAAGAAGAAGGACACUGUCAACUUUUACGCUUGAUCCAUUCGAAUGUCGGGUGAUGCCGCUGGGUUUCUGGGGUUAUUGCUUCUGGCGGGGAUGGGAAUGCAUAGAGGAGUCGAAUGCGAUAGACAACAACUUUGUACGAGUACCACGGACACUCAAGCGGCCCUAUAGGAAUGGAAAGCAGUGUUGGCAAGACCAGCAAACGACUUUUG